GUCAAUUCAGUUGAUGUUUAAAAUUUGUUUUACUUUAUAACUGUGCCAUUUAAAUGCAAUCUUAAAAAAAUAAUAUCUGCUUAUAAAUAUGAAAACUUAUUAAAACAUAGUUUUAAUUUCAAAUUGAAAGAAGAGAAAAUGCCAAGCUCGAGGAUACCAUCACCAGCUCGGUCACAAGGAGUAAUAUCGACUCCACGGCGACCUCUGCGACGUACUCGAAGUGUAGAUUCUCCUGCAAGAACGAACUUACGCCUCACGUCUAUAAUAUCUGAAUCGAUCAAAUUGUCUCCUUUACCAAGUCGGCAAUCAGUACUUAAUGAUGACAGAGAUAUUGAUAUACCUGGACGUAGGAGCUGGUGGAAGAAAAUAGACGAUAACUCGAGAGAUGUUCAAGAACUGCUAGAGAGCAAAGACUUGGUUGAAGUGAAUAAUCUAGCUGAUGAAUUUGAUGUGGAAGUUUUAAGCCAAGAAAAGAAGAAUUACUCAUUAGACUUACCAGAGAGCAGCGAUGGCGAAUCAAUUAACAGCAUAAUUAUACCUCAGAGAAAGAUAUUCAAACCAGUGGAUAACGAGCCUAAACAGAAAUUUGGGAAUAUUAUGAGUAGCCGAGUUCCUUCAAAUAAACAUGAUAGAAGUCUUGUAGAACAAAACAAUGAAAUUAGUAAAGGAUUUAAAAAUCUAUUCAAUCAACCCUCUAAACCGAGGACGAAACCAGUGUUUCCGUCUGCCCUACUUAAUGUUUCAGCAAAUAAAACUAUUAAUAAAACCAAGGAGCUACCCCCGGCAGAGAUAAAAGGACAGGUUCGCAGUUUAUUCGGUGCUAGACAAGGGGCCAAACGUAGGAACAUGUUUGCAGACUUCAUUGUGUCCGAAAGCGAGGACGAAAUACCGGAGAUACAACCAAGAGUGUUUGGAUUUCAAAAGAAAAACGAACAAAAACGACGGGCAAGCUCAAUGUCACGUCAUUCGCCGACGUCGAGUAUAGAUUUAGAAAUAGACGAUUGGAGACUUCUACCGUCUUCGACUUUAGUUGAAAAUAUACUUGAAGAAUCUCCAGUAAAGAGAGCGAAAUUAAAUGUAUCAGAAUCCAAGGAAAUUGAAAACAUUCAUAGCAAUACUCCCAAAAGAACCAUUACACCGAAAACAUCAGCGAAUCCCAAACAGAAUAUAACCAAGAAUGUGUCUGAAAACAAUUCUUUCGACGAUGAUGAAGUCAAUGAAAUUAAUAUAAAACCACAAAACAGUUAUUCAAAUAACAGCAGAGUUACGAGAAGUCAAUCAUUAAAAGAAAAUUCGGUGUCCGCCCCCAGAACCCCCGACAUUAUAAAUAAAAGCAAACAACAGCAACUCAAUAAGAAUAGUGUUACGUCUAAACCCGUUGAAACAGUCGCUAACACAAGAGAUAGUGAACAAGGACAAAAUAACUUAGAAGAAAUGGAUGAAGAUUUUACAUUGAAAUAUGAUAAUGAUGAAGAAAUUAGCAAAAAGAGUCCAGAUAAUAAAAAUCCUAACACACUUAAACUUGAUGAAGUAGACAAUAUUGCAGUAAGUGAGAAGAAUAAAAAGUCAAUAGAAAUACAUGGGAUACUGCAAAAAUCUAAUAACGAAUCAUUGCUGAGCCAGAAUGAUAUAAUGGUUAAUGAAAUUAGCGAGGUCUCUAACGUCGGAACACACGAGAAAAGCGUAGUAAAAAAUAAGAGUGCACUUAUACAAGAUGAAUUGAUACCAAAUAAAAAUGGCAGUGCUGUACUUGAUAAAGAAAAAGAGAGAGACAGAAAUAAAUCAAUACAUAACUCAUCAAGAAAUAGAAAUAAAGCUGUAAGUGAAACUUCCCAGCGCGUAAGCAAUAUGGCUGUAGAUAAAAGUAUUUCGCUUAAUGAAACUAACAAGCAAGAAAAAGAAAACAAUACUGUCGGUGAAGAGGAAAGCGGAGGUGUACACUCUGAAGUUAAUGCUGAUAUGAAAGAAAAAGAUACGGACGCGACCCUUGUUGAGGAAAACAACGAUCAGAACAUUCCAGAUGUACCAAUAGAAGACAAUAACGCGUCACAGGCACAUAAAGAAGACGAAAAUGCUAAAGAUAUCAACGAAAGUAAAAAGAAGCAAACAUCUAAUAGGAAACAAAGUACCAAAAACGUCAGUAGCAGGAUAAGUUCACCAAACGUAAGCCACGACACUACAGGAAUACACAGGAAGAAGGAAGAAACACAAGUGAAAUCUCCAGAAGUCAUCUUGCAUGAUAAGACUCGCGAUAUAGAUUCGUUUACAGUACAGGGUAGGAAUACAAGUGCUAGGAAAACCAAGAGCAUAAUAUUUAAGAAUAAAUCUAUAACACACAGUCUAGCCCCGGUCAGGGAGAGCAUUGGAUUUUCUGAUGGAACUAGAGAUUCUAGCGCGGAAGGUUCCGGCUGGGACUCCCACAGAACUACUAGGAAAACUUUAAGACAAACUUUCGGCAAAGAUUUCACUCCAAGGAAAUCGUUAAGAGCUCUUGUUAUGGAGAAAACGGCAAAACUACAAGCCGCUAAUUUCAAUGAGGUCGGUGAGAGAAAGAAAAGCCCUCAGGCUCGCUCGACCGCCUAUGGUGAGGUUCAGGGUGAAUUUCACUCAUACCAGGAACCAGAGCCGUUACAGGUUGAAGAAAGCGUUGAAUCAGUGCAAAGUGAAGAAAAACAUUUGGAUGAACAAAAUGAAGAUAUUACGCCUGACCAAUUGGAUGGUGGAGACGAAAACAAGGAGACUUCAGCUGACCAAUCGGAUGAGGAGGAACAAGACGAAGAUCCGACUGACGAAUCAGAUGAAGGGGAACCAUCUGGACGAUCGGAUGAAGAGCAACGAAACAAUGACAUGUCCGCCGAACACUUGGAUGAUCAGGAACAAGAUAUAGAAGUAUCAGAUGACCAGUCUGAUCAUGAAGAACAAGAUAAGGAAAUAACAGCUGACCGGUCAGAUGAAGAAACAUCAGCUGAACAAUUGGAGAAUAAAGAACUUGAUGGAGAAGAAUCAGAUGAACAGUCUGACGAUGAAGAACAAGAUAAAGAAGUAACAGCUGACCGGUCACUUGAAGAAACCUCAGCUGAACAAUUGGAGAAUAAAGACCAAGAGGAAGAAGAAUCAGUUAACCAGUCUGAUGAAGAAGUAUCAGUUGAACAAUUUGAUAAUCAAGAACAAAACGAAUCAUAUGAAGAAGUAACAGGUGACCAAAGAAAUGAAUCGAUAGACAAUAAUAUUUCAUAUCCUGAAGCUCAAGACGUGAGAGAAGUGACGAAAGACCGGGCAGAUGACGAGACACCGAAACGUACGAAGCAGACGAGCCUAGAAACAUACUUACAAAAAAUAAAACAAGACAACGCUGAGAGGAAACGGAAAAUGGAAGAGGAGAUCAGGAAUUCCCUUAAAGUACCAAGGAGGGACAACUUCGACCUCUUCAAGGUUCCACAGAAACCGGUCAAACGAAUCGUUAAAGUACAAAAACCGAAAGUUAAGCAAAUGAAAUCACUCGCCGUGUUGCCCGCCGAGGUUAGAGAGGACAUACAGUAUAAGCCGCCGAAGAGGUUCCAACCCGCCAACGCGUCCUGGAUCACUAAACGGCUGUACAAGUUUUUGGAAACCAAACUCGAGCCAAAAUACGACUACAAAGCUCGCAUUCGAGCAGAGAAGCUAGUGGAAUGUAUGUACACGUUGACCAAAGAAAUCAGGAGACACGACACGCCGCGGGUGGACGGGGUCAACGAACUCAAACACGAAAUGGCGAAGCUAGACCUGGUCAAGACACACUUCGACUUCUACGAGUUCUGUCACCAGUUCCUGCCCAGAGAGAUACGGGUUAAGGUGGUCCCCGACGUCGUCAACAAGAUCCCUUUACCGAAACACGGCGUGUUUUCGGAUAUUCUAAGAUGAAGCUGCUGAGACUCGUCUGUAAAACUUCGGGAAAGUUUUCUCUGGCGAGUGUUGAGAAUGAAUUACAUUGUUUUAUAAUAAACAUUCGUUAUUUAACGCUAACACCUCUUG